GCGUUGCACGGACAUUGAAUGUUAAGCCGGACGAGGCCGAAUACAUGGGACAGGCCCCAAGGGGGCACAUGCUUCCUUACGGACACCAUGUCGAGGAGCCAAAGGCCAUCGUAGAGCUAGAUCAUUUUCCUGAUCCAGAGACUUUUUAUAGGGAAUAUGUUCACAAAUCCGUCCCUUUGGUGGUUCGAGGAGGGUUGAAGCACUGGCCUGCAGUGCAAAAAUGGAAAAGUGAAGAUUAUUUGAGAGAGAAGUUUGGAGGGAAUGUGUUUCAAGUUAUGUAUAAGAACGCGACAGCCGACAAGGAGCAUUACUCUUUCAUGUCUAUGACUAUGGACAUGUUUCUGGAUGAUUACAAGAACUAUAAGCUAUACUUGGACUCACAGAUAUCUAUAGAAAUGGCAGAGGACAUAACCUUGCCUGGUUACUUUGGAUGCGACCACUUUCUAAAGCUGAUGACUGGGGUCAACAUAUUCUUCAAUUCGGGUUGGUCGAGCACCGAGAACCACCUUGACAUUACGGAGACGUUCUUCGCUCAGGUGGUGGGCGGACGACAGUGGAUCCUGACGCCCCCGCAAGACGGACAAUAUCUGUACACAGACAACUUCACGUGGCAUUCGGGUAUAUCCCCUGUGGAUAAAGAAGCAGUAGACCUGUACCGUUACCCGGACGUCGCUAAAGUGGACAUUUAUAACGUCACAGCCUACGAGGGGGACAUCGUGUACUGUCCAGAGGGGUGGUUCCACCAGGUCAGCGCAGUAGGUGGACCAAACAUAGCCAUUGCCUGGUACCUCUAUGACUACGACUGCCAGACUAAAUGCAAAAUGACCACGUACCAAACCUAUGUAGAAUGCUGUACUGACAUACGGAAUAGUAGACCGGAUGAGAUUUCUUGCGACAUAAAACCGGAAGAGAUGUCUCUGGCUACAUUGCUUCGUGCGUACGUCGAUGACGUACCAUUUGCGGCAGAUCUGGACGCAGGAACACUGGAAAUAUUUUCUCAACCAGAACCUUUCCAGUUAAACAGUGGAUAUGACAUGCCGAUACUAGGCCUUGGACUUGGGGGCAUGGCAGAAGAGAAAAUUGAAACCGCCGUUAAAAGUGCAUUAAAAUUUGGAUACAGACUUUUUGACACAGACCCUGUGGACGAAUCUGAGAAAAUAUUAGGAUCUUUUCUUGCAAAUAACAAGAAUUUUAAAAGAGAAGACGUUUUCAUUAUUGUCAAGGUGCAUCCAAAGGAUCUGGGAAAAGCCGCCACCAGAAAAUCGGUUGAACGCUCGUUGGAGAGGUUGAGAACCGACUAUCUGGAUCUUGUUUUGAUUAAAGCGCCAUCUUGUGAGUCCAAAGAACACAGUUGCGAGACAACUGGCACGUGGCAAGAAUCGUGGGAAAGUUUGGAAGAUUUGAAGACCAUGGGUAGCGUUCGCUCCUUGGGGGUGAGCAACUUUAAAAUCUCUCAACUCAAGGAACUUUUGUCCACAGCAAAGGCUCCAGUUUCGGUGGUCCAAUGCAGGUUUAACAUUUUAUUAAGACGAGAAAAGAUGCGGAAUUUUUGUAGAAAACAUGGCAUACGCUUCAUGGCCCACAGUCUGCUGGGAUAUGAUAUGGUGCCCUCUCUCGGCGUAAACCCACUCAUGGAAGGUAAUAACGCGGUAACUAUUGCCGCCAGGUUGCUGCACACCAGCCCAGCUACUCUUAUGGUCAGAUGGGCGUUGGAGCAAAACGUUACCGUGGUUCCAAAAACGUCCCAUCCUUUCCACCUAUUACUCAACGUACAAGCACAGGAAGGCUUAGACUUGGAUGGGAGACCGGAAGUGAGGGAAAUGUUAGAUAGGAUGCCGCAUACCAGUUGAAAUUCAUUGUCAAAUUUGAUGUGGCACUAACGUGUCGAUACUCUUGGUCAGGAGAGGGUUGGUCAUGCAGAAAGGGAAUUUCACAUUUUAUUAAAGAUGGAUAGUUUACAUAUUGUCUCAGACGGUUUCAAAUGGUCUUUUUCACACAGGUCCAGGUAUCAUAAUUCACUUCUAACGCUUCACGCACAGCAUUCUGCGAUGAAGAUAACACGGCUUGGACGUCACAUAAGAAAUGCCAGAGCAAGACCUGCCUCCUCAGCUAAAAAUUCCGGUGUAAACGAAACAAACCGCUAAAAAGUGUUGGGGAGUAUCAAAGGCUGAUACAUGUAUUAAUUAAAAAUUACCGAUUCUUGAGAUAUGAGGACGUGGGGUUAAAUGAGCUCUAAUACACCAAGGGCGUCGUCGUUACAGAAUUGACCUCAAUUCAUUUGUUGCGCAAAAACGAAAGAGAUACUUCUGUUAUUUGCAAAGACAGACUGGGCAGGUCGUUGAGGAUGUUAGUUGGCGGGCCCGUAAUAUUUGUCGAUGCAUAAUGAGAAGGAAAAAAACAGUUAAAUUAUUGUUGAAAUGCGCAUUAAUUGAUUAGGUAUUCAGAGUGAAAAGUAAUGGAGAUCCGACUUCUUUUUUCUUAGUCUCCUUUACUAGUUCUAAAGAUGUGAACAUCUUGGAUGUUAUCAAGAUAUCAAAAGACAGAAUACAGGAUAUAAAUAGUCUUAAGAUUUCCUACUUUUUAUACAAAAUCUCUACUUGUAUCAAGUGACAUGUUUGGUGUAUCUUUAUGUUUAACUUUCUAAUGAAAAAAAAUUCAAAUCUUCCUUUUUUUCCAAAAGUACUACUCCAGCACAGACAACAACAAUAAUAAUAAUAAUAAAAUAAUAAAUAAAUAACAAAAAAUGGAUAAAUAAAUAAGCUUGUACUGAAAGUCAGACACCUUUCCAAGACUGAACAUAAGUUGCCUACAUAACAAUUUUGAUGGAUAGUAAUGCCAAAACUCCAUCAGGCAGUUACACAUGUGGUGGGCAAUACAGGAAUGUUGUAAAUGAAUGACCAAUUAAGAAUCUGCCCCAUUCAUGAAAAACAGCAAAUAAAAAUGUCAACAAAACUUACUA